UCUAACCAAAACUCAUAGGAGAAAAUUUUAUUCCUUCAAUAACGUGGACCUCAAACACAACCACUUGUUUAUUGCCUCCAAUGAACUGUCUCGAGCAUCCAGGCCUCAAGUAGCGUUACAAUAUAAACUUCAGCGUUGGUUCAUCAUCUCCUCUCUCUCUCUCUCUAUCUCUCUCUCUCUCUCUCUCUCUCACACACAUAAUUAUUUACUUCUUGCUCCUCUUGGGCUUCAAUUGCCAUGGGGAGAAAACCUUGUUGUGAUAAAGUUGGCCUCAAGAGAGGCCCAUGGACGAUGGAGGAAGAUCAGAAGCUCAUUGACUUCAUCCUCAACAACGGAAUUCAAUGCUGGCGCCUCGUCCCCAAGCUCGCAGGGUUGAUGAGAUGCGGGAAGAGUUGCAGGCUAAGGUGGAUUAACUACCUUCGCCCUGACCUCAAGAGAGGAGAUUUUUCGGAGGACGAAGAAGAUAUAUUGAUCGAGCUUCAUUCGCGCCUUGGUAAUAGAUGGUCGAAGAUUGCUUCACAUUUCCCAGGGCGAACUGAUAACGAGAUUAAGAACCACUGGAACACACGAAUCAAGAAGAAGUUGAAGCUCCAAGGCAUUGAUCCAAUAACACACGAGCCCAUAAAACAGUCAGAAGAUGGUCAUGACUCAGUUUCUAACAUAACGGUAGACGAUGAGAACAAGGUGUUGGAUGCAAAUGCAAAUGCAACAAGCCAAGAUAAAAAUAAAAUUGUUCCUCCAUCUCAAGAGAAGGAGGAGAAUAAUAAUGAGGCAAUUCUGAAUGCAGAUGGGAGAUUACAUGAGACUAUCAACCUCACAAUGGAUGGGGAGUGUAGCGUUGAAGGAUCAAGUCUGUGCUGGGAUGCUAUUGAUUCUUUUCCUUCGUGGGAGGCAAUGUACUAUCUUGAAGAUGUGUUAUUUUUUAUGAAUGAUCCAUUAGUCUCAAUUGAUUCUUUUGGAAAAGAUUAGUGAAGGAAAGUUUGUCUUUAAGAAAAAAGUUUUCAAUGUUAAAGUUGGAUUUUGUUGAUUCUUUGAUGUUUUUGUAAUUAGUUACCUUUUUAUCAAUGUUUCUUAGUAUUCAAGGGAGCGUGUAAUCACU